AUGUCAUCAUCAUCGCCACCACCCUACACGGACUCGCGCGGUCGCGAAGACCAGCGGCUACCGCCCUACCGAGCGUCGCAUGGCUUCGCCAACAGCCAAGAAGAACUAGCCGCGCUCAGAGACUUUGCUCAGUCCAAGCUAUACGUUGAUCCGGGCACGAAUGGCAUGCUCUCGGAGAUUCGAGGCUUCGGCUUGAGGAGUCUCUCUGUCGGCGCGCAGCCCGCGUCGCAAGAGAGUGCUGUUGCUGGACUGACCCCGGAGACAGAUGAAGAGAGGAAGCAACGCAAGGCCUCCGAGAAAGCGGCGAAAAAGACUGAGCACGAACGCAGAGGCAGUCUCACCGAAAGACUGGCCAGAGUCAUCAGUGGUGUCAACAACGGCGGCGGCAGCAAAGACGGCGUUGGCUCGUCAAAGUGAAAUUGUGCUUCAACGAACACAUGAGCAAGCAAUAAUAACAAAACACCAACGACGGCUAGGCGGUCGCUUAACAAGCCUAUGCGGCAGAUGCAUGACAGACAACUACCCGUUGUUCCAGCAAACCAAAUCCAACACCAGCAGAUUCUUCUUCUUGGAUGGGCACAAUAUGACAGGUUAUGACAUUGAUGGAAUAUCAUUACGCAUUCUCGGCGAUGUAAGAAUAUGGACUCCCCCCAAGACGUCACUUGAGAUGUAUAGGGUUGGCAAAGUGGACUCGCUUUUUUAUGAUGUUGACGCUGGUGACGCCUUUUCUUAUUUUUGUUUUUGUA